AUGCUCUCCAGUCCGCGGAACUGGGGCGGCCCCUAUCAGCGGGUCCGCGGGGGGCUUGACGCACAGAAAUGCAGUCCAGAGAAAAGUGCCUCAUUAUUCAGUAAAGUGACAUAUUCCUGGUUUAGCAGAGUAAUGACUUUAGGCUAUAAGAGACCUUUUGAACUAAAGGAAAGUGAUUCCUCCUACACUGUAUGUCCCAUCUUUGAAAAACAAUGGAGAAAGGAAGUUUUAAGGAAUCAAGAGAGGCAAAAAGUAAAGGCAUCUUGUUAUAAAGAGGCACAUAUCAAGAAACCGUCUCUACUCUAUGCAUUGUGGAACACCUUUAAAUCUGUCCUGAUUCAAGUUGCCUUAUUCAAAGUGUUUGCUGAUAUUUUGUCCUUCACUAGCCCACUCAUAAUGAAGUAA